GCUGCGUAUGCAAGCAACGCUUCUUCGGACGUUGGAGCAAUAUUUGGUGUGGGAACACCAGUGUGAUACACUUAUCGAAUCGUUAGAGGCGCAAGUUCGAUUGAAGCAAUCACGACUGGGAUGGCACCACGCAAUCACUUCGCAAAUCUUACGUCUCGAAUGUUUGAAGCAGGUAACACGUCAACGCUUCAUACAUUGGGGCGGCGGAGUAUCGAAUGAUUGUGGAUUAAUAUGGCGAGAAAUCGAGAGCGCAUUCGGAAAUCGCUUGUCAACCGGGGCUGUAAUUAAUCGUGAUCACAUCGACCCACGGAAGUUCUUACUGGAUGCAUUUGAACUUGUUGAAAAACAAGUGAGUGCUCAUAUACGCAAGUAUAGCAGCAUUAAAGUGAACACUUCGUUCAAUGGAGAGUUCAGCGUGGGUGAUAAGCGGGCGAAUAAAAGUAUCAACACGGGAAAUGUUGAACUUUUUACAACAUCGGAUCUGAGAGAGUGGUAUCAGAAGCGAGUCGUGGAGCCAACUCUGAAAUCGCUCGAGGAGUUCCAGGAGAGUGACAGUGGCUGGACCCUAACAUCAAUAACCAAUCUAACAGUGAACAUCAACAAGUACAAUGCUUUGCGUGCGGGAUGUCACAUUCCAUUGGCGAAACGCAUACUCUUGAAGAAAGCAGUCGUUAAUGUGAAAUCACGAGAUAAUGCGUGUUUCGGAUGGGCAAUGACUGCUGCACUUCAUCCAGCAGAACAAAACAGUGAUCGCAUAUCUUCAUAUCCACAUUAUUCGACAAUAUUUAAUCUCCAAGGCAUCAAAUUUCCUAUGACGUUGGAUCAAAUUGGGAGAUUUGAAAAAUUAAAUAAUCUCUCAAUCAAUGUGUAUAGCGAGAAGAAGGAUGUGAUUCUGCCAGUGCGGGUGAGCAAGGAGAAGAAAGAGCGACAUGUCAACUUGCUUUACGUCGAAGACGUGUCAGAAUGUGGAAUUGGACAUCAAGAAUUUAUCUCGGCUCGUCAGCUCACAACUCAAUACUAAUGAGCACCGGAAAUACGUUUGCGAUCGAUGCCUCCAUUACUUCGCAA